CCAAGACGCCACUGCAGUGGGGUCUGCUAAGUAUGCAGGAGAGUGGUUGGCUCGUCUGCUGCUUGGGGCUUCUUUCCGUUGUGUCAUCGGGAGGACGGCGGAACCACACCAACCAUUGGCCUUGUUGCAUAUUUGUUAGGGGCGUUGAGGUUGAAAUCGUACAAGCUUCGAGAAUGGCCAGCCUAUUCUCCUUCGCGAGCUGCUGGGUUCGGGCCCUCCUGCCCCGGGCCGCGUGUGAGCCAAGCCCCGCGCCUGGAGAAGGGGAUGGUCGCGAAGCGUCGCAUGAGAAGAAGAUGUCUGAGCUCUUCGAAAGCUGGGACACCAACAAGGACGGACGGGUAGACAUUCCGAACUUCGAGAGGGCCUCAAGACCAUGGGCUACACUGGAAACGGGUGCGGCCAAGGAAAUCUUCAAGCUCUCAGACAAAGACCAGGAUGGGCAACUGGACUUCGAGGAGUUUGUGAAAUACCUGCGGGACCACGAGAAGAAGCUGAAACUUGUCUUCAAGAGCCUCGAUAAAAACAAUGACGGACGCAUCGAUGCCGCUGAGAUCGUGCAAUCGCUCCAAAGUCUGGGAGUCGAGAUCAGCCUCUCCCAGGCUGAGAAAGUCCUCAGGAGAAUAAGGAGGGGGAAAAUGUUUGGCACAAUCAAUUUCAUGGACAAGGAUGGUACGAUGACCAUAGACUGGAGUGAGUGGAGGGAUUACCACCUCCUGCACCCUGCAGCGAACAUCCGUGAAAUCAUCCUCUACUGGAAACACUCCACUAUCUUCGAUGUGGGGGACAGUCUGACGGUGCCCGACGAAUUCACGGAGGAGGAGCGCAAGUCGGGCAUGUGGCUACGCCAGCUGAUGGCCGGGGGGGCGGCCGGCGCCGUGUCCAGGACGGGCACCGCCCCCCUCGACCGCAUGAAAGUGUUCAUGCAGGUGCACGGGUCAAAAUCCAACAACAUCAGCAUCCUGACGGGCUUCAAGCAGAUGAUCAAGGAGGGCGGCAUCGCGUCGUUGUGGCGAGGAAACGGGGUGAACGUCAUCAAAAUCGCUCCGGAGACCGCCAUCAAGUUCAUGGCUUAUGAACAGAUAAAGAAGUUCAUCGGAAGCAAUAAUGUGAGUCUGGGCAUCCAUGAGCGCUUCAUGGCAGGGUCUCUUGCUGGGGCCACAGCUCAGACCAUCAUCUACCCGAUGGAGGUUAUGAAGACGAGGCUGACGCUGCGCAAGACGGGGCAGUACUCUGGCAUGAUGGACUGCGCCAAGAAGAUCUUCAUGAAGGAGGGGGUGAUCGCCUUCUACAAGGGCUAUGUGCCUAACAUCAUUGGGAUCAUCCCCUAUGCAGGAAUAGACCUGGCCAUCUACGAGACGUUGAAAAACACGUGGCUGACUAAGUACGCCAAAGACACGGCGGACCCCGGCAUCCUGGUGCUGCUGGCGUGCGGCACGGUGUCCAGCUCUUGCGGGCAGGUGGCCAGCUACCCACUCGCGCUGAUCCGCACGCGCAUGCAGGCGCAAGCGUCAAUGGAGGGAGGACCGCAGCUAUCCAUGGUGGGGCUGUUCCGGAACAUCGUGAAGAACGAUGGCCCGCUAGGGCUCUACCGUGGCAUCGCGCCCAACUUCAUGAAGGUGAUCCCAGCCGUCAGCAUCAGCUACGUCGUCUACGAGAACUUAAAACGGGUGUUGGGUGUCACUUCGCGGUAAAGACAACUUCACAACUGCGAGUGAUGGAGGAGAGGGGGGGGGGAUUCCAUGAAAUAUUGAAGGGCCCCAACUCUUCACCACUCUGCCAAACUUGUCUUCCGUCUUUUCGUUUGUUCGUUGUGUUGGCCGUUGGCUACAAGCUACGACUUGCAGAUGAGAAGCAAUGAACGCGUUGUGCGGCUGUCUGGCGUUUUGGUUGGAUGCUUUGUUCAGGGAAAUUCGACUUAAGUCACUUGGGUGACAAUGGGUGGGCAAGCUCGGCUUGUGUGAGGUGUAAUGCCAAUUGUUUUGUUUGUUGAGGUGUGGUGUUUUGUGCUCCCAACAGUAGCUAUCUUUCUUCUGCUUCCAUAACAGCACUGAGAUCUGUCCCGACAAGCUUGAGAGCAAACUAUCGAUUUCGUUACAUGUCCUAUUGCUUUUGUGAGGUGAUUGAUAAAGGUUUACCAAAGCAAUUUCAGCCACUUUAAGGUUGUUGCUAAUGAGUUGCUGAUUUUGUUGUUAAGUGUUUUUUUUAAAUAAUAAUAUGUUCAAGGUGUGUUUUAUUAUGUUGUUUUUGUUACACUAAUAACAUGCUGGUGAUGGCAAACUAUUGGUGGGAAAAAGCAUCUUAUAAAAUUCUGUCCAAAGCUCUGAAGUUAUUGGCAACGUUUGAAAAGAUGGUUUAAUGGUCAGCUGCUGUGUACAGGCACUUCUGUUAUCAGUUGUUUACAAGGCCUUGCCAAAUUCGUGCAUCACAUUAAUAACCUUUUGGAGAUUUAAAGAUCAAAAACUCGUGGGUUUUUAACAUAGCUAAAUGCAGUUACAAGGUAGUUUAUCUUUGUGCAGACAUGUGAGUUGAUUGUACACACUUUGUCAAGACAUUCUUUUAAUGAAAAUAUGCAUACUUAAAAUGCACACUUGCCCCAAAGUAAACAUGCAUACACUUCCUAAUAAGCUCAGAAACUCGUGUAAUAUUUUGACAUCUCUUGGUGAUUUUGUUUUUUUCAUUUCUUCUGCGAAUUAUACGUUUUAAAAGUUCUUGUUCGUUCAUUGAUAACAGAUCAUAAAACAAUGUGGAAAUAUUAAGUAAUGUUUUGUAUUGUAUGCCCGUGUGACAACUCGUUUGUUUUUGCACAGUUGCUGAGCCAUGGGUCCAUAGGCCCAAAACUUUGAGCUGCGAGCAGCUGACAACCCUAUCAAAAUUGUAAUGGCAAGAGUUAACGCAUUUCUUGAUUGACCAGGGUUACAAGAACUGUGAAGAGUUGACAUACGGGAGGAAAUUGCAAUGUGGUGUGGAGCAGGGCGAGGGAAGAAGCUAAAAGAUGUUGUGACCUGCUGUGUAUGGUGGUUAAAAAAAGGACGGUGUGAAUAAAACAAAACUGUCGAAUUCUCAUAUUAUUGUUUAGACCACCAACUCAAAAAGUUUAAAAUAUUGCCAGUCCAAAGUUCAGAGCUAGGGAGUUGAUUGGUGGCUGAGACAAUGCUAAGGGUGUUGUACAUGCCAUGUGGUGGUCACAUGACAUGCAUACAAGGCAUGAUGGGAGUCCCUCCUUCCUGCUGUUUGUGAACAGAUCUUUGAGGUGUUUAUUCAAUUUCUUUCCAGCCUGCAUGCAUUUGCCUGUUGUUAUGGGAUUUCUAAUUAUCUACAGAAAGUGUUUGAUUUAAAUGUAAAUGUACAUAGCCAAACUGUGUGUUUUUUUAAUUGUUCUGUGCAUGUCUGUGUACUCUUUACGUCUGCAAUGAGCAAAAAUUAUCCACUUAGUGUGCCAUAUAUAAAUGUUUACAGAUUACAUCUAUUGUUAGGCCUUCAAAAUGUACUUACUAGCAAUUGCUGAAUAUGCCACGUGACAUUGGACACGCAGUACUGUUAUAUACCUCGUUUUAUUUUUUAUUCGGUUCACAUCUUAUCUUUUCAAAAUUGACAUAUAGCACACAUUGACGGAUUUUCCAGUUUGAUCAUAAUUACUAUUUGUAUGCAUUUCCUUACGUUUUCUGACACUUAAGUUGCUGCAGUUUGCUAUUAACCAUUCCAUUAGCACGAUUGGCUACAUACGGUAUGAAGGAAGUUCUACAUUGAGGAAAAGCGUUGGGGAGAUGGCAUUGUGGCACAGCUAACGAGACAAUUUUUGCCAAAUCCGAGGUUAGAAUCUUUAGCAGCCAAUGUCUGGCCCAAUGCGAUUAAUGGGUAGAUGCGAUUAAUGGGUAGAUGCGUUUAAAAGGUACCAUCUUCACUGCCUCUUAUCCCAGGUUGAAUUCCAACGAAGCUAAUAUCCAAGGUGUGAGCAGUGCAGUGCCUCGGCUUAAUAUACUGGCAUUGUUGGUUGUUUCACUUUGUAACCUUUUUUCCUGUAGCCAAAGCGCUCCUCUUUCCUGCACGAGAGAUUUACUUCAGCGCACGUGUACACAUGAAAACGCACGUGAAUUUUCAUCGUGCGCCAAGGAGCCAAACAUCAAAGUGAAAGCAGAAGCACAUAAGUCCUUAUCUAGCUCAACCAAGAAACCCACUGGGUGAACAUGGCUUUGGUCUCACACUCACUAUCCACCUGCCACCUUUGAGGGUUUAACAGAAAAGCGAUCCAUUGCCCACCGUCACAUAAGUACAUGGACUGAACUUCAGAGUAUGCAAUGCAAGUAUUUACAGGUUAACGCAGCAUGGCAUUAAACUUGCUUCCCAGGCAGAAGCUGUUAAUGGUGCCUUGAAUGUGUAAGUACGCAUACGACUCGUGGCUUUAUUUUUCCAAGGUCGAUUUGGCAGCGUUUGCUGUAAAUUCAGCAAUUUGCCACAAACAACCGGUCGCCAAUAAAUGUGCCCGUGGGCCACCUUUACGCUUUCGAAUGUUUCAGGGCCGCAAACAAGCUAUUAUUAAUCUCCUGCGUCCCCUGCUCGAAGUCCGUGUACACUGUGGGACAGUGAAUUGAUGACGUCAUGACUGCGGUGUGGCACAACUGAUUCGUAUUGUUCACGGGUGCCGCUGGCUUUGGUAAUCUGCCUGCACUUUGCUUUUUUGAACUUGUAUGGCUGAAUGGUUUUGCUGGUCCGCGUGCUGAGGGUCUUAAUUUUUUUAAAUAAAAAACGAAUUACAGUAA